CAGAAGGGCCGUUAUUGUAAUAAAAUGCAGCAAAGGGUGCGUGUGGUCGAUUCGAUCUGGACGUGUCGUUUAAACAAUCAACAAAGGUACAGUGUAAAGGGUGCAUUACGUGAGCUUUUGCAUUAUUGAUCGCGGGAAGAGAGGCUUGAAUCGAUAUUGUGUCCAGUAGCGUGACACUCGUAGCUUUUGCAAUAACAACUAUCCUUUAUACUGGUUUACUGAACCUACCACAGAUGGUUGAUGAGCGUGGUAAUGACGAAAGCAUAAACCGGCGCACAACAGGGGGUAAGGAUGUGUGAGGAAUCCGCAUGCUUGGUACCUCCGUUGGAACAGAAUCAAAAUGGGCCAAACGAAUCCCGACAAUACGUUUACAGUGUCAUCAGGAAGCACCGCAGGCACAAGCCACAACGGUGAAGCCCUGGUUGGCUUCCAUGAAGACGCCUUAUCUCAAGCAGCUGUGGGCAAAGCCCAGCUCCUCCUAGCCCUAGUUUUAGGGCUUGGCCUUGCUGCCGACUGCUCGGAACUUACAAUUCUGGGCUACAUACUCCCAGCUGCUGAACUCCAACUGUGUAUAGACGAACACAAGAAGGGAUGGCUUGUCUCCAUCACGCUUUUAGCCCUUGCUGGAGGUUCCCUUGCGUGGGGAAUCCUGGGAGAUCAUUUAGGCCGUCGAAGGGCCCUAAUCAGUGCCCUUUCUGUUGCUGCCCUUUUCUCAGCGGUCGCAACAGUGAUGCCAACGUAUGGAACCUUCAUGACAGCGAGGUUUUGUUCGGGAUUAGGGGUGGCAGGAGCGUUUCCUUUAACUUUUAGUUAUUUGUCUGAAACUUGUUCGCGUGCUACGAGGACGAGGUACACAGGACUGUUGUAUUCGUUUUGGCCUUUGGGGGCUAUUUUUACGUCUUUGAUUGCCCAUCUAACUAUGCCCACUAGUGGGGCUGAGAUAGUUGAGGAUAACAGGGAACAUUGGAGUUCGUGGCACCGUUUUCUCAUUUUGAGUAUUCUUCCGACUGUUGGCUGUAUUGUUGGGUUGAUUUGGGCGUCUGAGUCGCCAAGGUACCUUCUGGAAGCUUCACGAGAAGUCGAAGCUUUGGCUGUGUACCAGAGACUUCACAGGUUGAAUAAGGCAAGGACUCAGUAUGGGUUAACUGAACUGGAAUUGCCAGGAAGGAGUGCAUACAGGGAAAGACCCAUGAGUCCAUCAAGAAAUCUUUUUGGGCAUGGUUUGGAGUCUUUUCGAGAAGCUUUCCAACGCAUCUCUUCUCCAACACACUUCCGCACAACUCUGCUUCUGGCAGCCUUGCACCUCAUCGUAGGUUUCACCUACAUGGGAAUAUCAAACUUUUCGACGUCCAUGAUUAAGCAAAUUAAAGAUCAAGAGUAUUUUUCGGAGCGAAAUUAUAUAUUUGAUAAGAAUAUCACCGGAGUGAUUUUCAACACAACUUUAGAAAAUGUUGAAUACAAAAACACUCUUUUUAAAAAUGUGACUUUCAAACAUAUCAACUUGAACCACGUAGAAUUCUUGAACUGUACUAUUGACGAAGCCGAAUUUAUUAACGUAAAGUCGUCCAUCACCUACUUCAGAAACACGACCAUUAAGGAUUCGAGGUUUGUGGACACUGACCUCACCCAUCACCAUUUCCUCAACUGUACGUUGAGUAACAACACCUUCAUGUCUUUGAUAUCUGAUUGUAUCGUCGAUUUUGAUUAUAAUAUCUAUUUGGAUGAUUUGUACGAGGACACAAUAGCAUGGGCUGGUUCCAUGUUCCCGGCUUUACUUUUCAUGGGUUUUAUUCUGGAGACUGCAUCAAGACCACCCAUCAUUUUUACCACCAUGGGGACCGCUAGCAUCACCUGCAUUGGCAUUUUCUUCUGGACGAAUACUUUCGUUGUGACACUUAUUGAACUAACAGUCAAAAUUAUGCUGAUGUGUGCCGUAAAUGCCGUUAACAUGGUGGUAGUCGAAGGAUACCCUUGUCAUUUAAGAUGUACCGCCCAUGGUAUGAUGCGCAGUUUAUUCCACCUAGCGUCCCUUUGUGCCAUCCCCAUCUAUGGUAUGUUUGGUCACACAAUGUUAAUGUUCCCCGCUGUGAUCACCAUUUCUUUGACUUUUGGGGCCGCUUUGUUGUCUUUGAAGAUACAAGACAACAGUAAAGUUCUCUUGUAAUAUUUUAUCUGUUUGUAGAUUGUGUCUGUGAUAUUAUUUUUAAAACGAUAAUCACCUUGUCAUUCAACUGUUAGAUGAGAUAGAUGCGUCAAUUAUAAGCUUUUAUUUUCCAAAAUUUCAUAAAGUUCAAGCUAUUGCAUAUCAAUUCAUGUAUGCCUCAUGCAUAGGAAACAAGUCAAAUUACAAUUCUUGGAACCUUUUACAUAUUGAAGGAUUGAUAGGUCGUAUAAUAUUGUCCUCAUGGUUAGUGAAGAGAUCGAUAUUGUAAUUUAUUUUUUAUUGUUGAACAAAUAAAUCCCGCUUAAAAAUUAAA